AUGAUGAUUAGUCAUCGAUUACAAUCAGUACCUAUUACAGGCUAUUAUCAAUAUUUGUCGCAAAAUCGUCAUCGAGUUAAUGUCGCACCCUAUAAGGGAGUUGACAGUACAGAAACAACGACAACAACUACAACAACCACUGCUUCUUCUGCCACUACGGUGAUGAACAGUAAUAAUCAAGAGUCUACAAUAAAUUCGUCAUCUACUGAUAACGGACAAGAAUCGUCUUUUAAUCCUAAUGAUAAAGAUGUGACGCAGUGGUCAUCAACUGAUGUACAACAUUGGGUUGAAGAACAAUGUAAAAAAUUCGAACUAAAAAAGGCAACAACUGCAAAAUUCCAAAUGAAUGGCCAAGCAUUAGUACUGUUGACGAAACAUGAUUUUCUUAGACGUUCGCCAGAUGGAGGAGAAAUACUUUACUAUGCUCUACAACGAAUUAUUAAUCCAAAUAAAUUCAAUUCAGUUCGCACGAAUCAGAAUUCGAUGAGAAAUGACUCAUUUCGUCAGAAUCCUCGAAUUGUUGAAGUUGGCUCAGAUACAGAUGAUCACAAUAGUGCCACAAGUUCCUCAGCAUCAGCAAAACCAAUUGUUGAAGAGCCUGAUGAUCCACCAUUAAUUCGCAACCAAGAAUCAGACAACCUAGAUGAAAAUUUUCAAAAUUAUUCUCAAUCAUUCAUGUAUAACAAUUCUCACACUCGUCAACCCAUAUUCACAAUGCCUACUGGUGCUGCUGCUGCAGCAGCUGCCGCUUAUUAUCAUCAACAGCAAGCAUAUCCUAAUGGUUUUGCAUAUGCUCAUCAUCAAAUGCAUCCGCAUAUGACUCAACAGCAAUUCUUUCAUCCACGUCCACAUCCACAUCCUCAAUUUAUCCAUCAAUAUUAUCAAACCAUGUAUGCUCAAGGAAUUUUGAUCGAAGUACUUGAUAGUGAAGAUACAAAAAAUCUUGCUGCUACUGGAUUCAAUUUACCAUCGAAUGAAACCUCAAUCAAUGGUUCUACUCAGGAUGAUCAAAAACAACUCUAUUUGGUUACAAUGAAUGGACAACAAUAUGUUAUGAACGAAGAACAAAUUAGACAAUUAGUAGCAGAAGUUCAUCAACAACAACAACAGCAUCUUCAACAACAGCAGCAACUUCAUCAACAACAGCAGCAACAACUUCAUCAGCAACAACAACAAUUUCGUCAGCAACAGCAGCAGCAACAACAACAACAGCAACAACAAUUUCAUCACCAGCAACAACAACAUUACACCUACCAUCAACAACAUCAGCAACCACAUCAUGAUAAUGUUUAUUAUACUUUAUAG